ACUCGGAUGCCCCGUAAUUAAAUCGAAGAUUUGAUUGAAACCCCCCAAAUUCGUCUUUUCUCUCUCUGCAUUUUCUCACCAGAAACAAGCGGUCUUCGAUUGCUGUUCGAAGUCAACGGUGUUGGAAUUUCUCAAAAUUUGAUGGUAUGAGGAGGAAAUCGGGGUUCUAGCGGAUGAUGGAGUGUUGAAAUGUUGGAAUUUUGAUGUUAGGAAGUGGAUAUUGGGGUUUUAGCGAACGAUGGAGCGAGCGGUAACGGUGAUCUCGGGCUCCACUCUCGUCUGCUCAGUUUUUGUUUUUCAAUUGAUUCUUUUGAGAGUCGCUGCUAAUACUGAAGGCGAUGCAUUGAAUGCGUUAAAAUCCAAUUUCGAUGAUCCUAACAACAUACUACAGAGUUGGGAUCCUACCCUUGUUACUCCCUGCACUUGGUUUCAUGUCACUUGCAACAGUGAAAAUAGUGUCACACGAGUUGAUCUUGGAAAUGCAAAUUUAUCUGGGAAAUUGGUUUCGCAGCUUGGUCAGCUUCCUAAUUUGCAGUACUUGGAACUUUAUAGCAAUAACAUAAGUGGAAGAAUUCCAGAGGAGCUUGGGAAUUUGACGAACUUGGUGAGCUUGGAUCUUUACUUGAAUGGGUUAACGGGUACAAUUUCACCGACCUUGGGCAAGCUUUCGAAACUUCGUUUCCUGCGUCUUAACAACAACAGCUUAACUGGAACUAUUCCCAUGUCGUUGACCGCUGUUAUGUCAUUGCAAGUCCUGGAUCUUUCAAACAACAAACUGACCGGGGAUAUCCCAGUCAAUGGGUCAUUUUCACUUUUUACUCCCAUCAGUUUUAAAAAUAAUCAACUUAACACUCCUCCUGUUUCUCCCCCUCCUCCGAUUGUUCCGAAUCCCCCGGCUCCAUCUACCGGUAACAGUGCCACUGGGGCUAUUGCUGGAGGAGUCGCUGCUGGUGCUGCUCUCCUAUUUGCUGCUCCUGCAAUUGCACUUGCUUACUGGCGGUUGAGAAAACCACAAGAUCAUUUCUUUGAUGUACCCGCUGAAGAAGAUCCAGAAGUCCAUUUAGGACAGCUCAAAAGAUUUUCUCUCCGUGAACUACAAGUUGCAACUGAUGCUUUUAGCAAUAAAAAUAUUCUGGGUAGGGGUGGAUUUGGUAAAGUCUAUAAGGGACGGUUAGCUGAUGGUUCUCUAGUGGCAGUCAAGAGAUUGAAAGAGGAGCGUACUCAGGGUGGGGAGCUGCAGUUCCAAACUGAAGUGGAAAUGAUCAGCAUGGCUGUGCAUCGGAAUCUUCUUCGUCUCCGUGGCUUUUGCAUGACUCCGACAGAACGAUUGCUUGUCUAUCCCUAUAUGGCAAAUGGAAGUGUAGCAUCGUGUUUACGAGAUCGCCCAGAGUCGCAAGCCCCGCUUGCUUGGCCAGCACGGCAGCAGAUUGCUCUUGGUGCUGCAAGAGGGCUUGCUUACUUGCAUGAUCAUUGUGACCCCAAGAUUAUUCACCGUGAUGUAAAAGCUGCAAAUAUACUACUGGAUGAGGAAUUUGAAGCCGUUGUUGGAGACUUUGGAUUGGCAAAACUCAUGGACUACAAAGAUACUCAUGUUACAACUGCUGUACGCGGCACAAUUGGGCAUAUCGCCCCAGAGUACCUCUCAACUGGAAAGUCUUCAGAGAAGACUGAUGUUUUCGGGUAUGGUGUCAUGCUUCUUGAACUGAUCACUGGACAGAGGGCUUUUGAUCUUGCACGGCUGGCAAAUGACGAUGAUGUAAUGCUACUCGAUUGGGUGAAAGGUCUUUUAAAAGAUAAGAAAUUGGAGAUGCUGGUUGAUGCGGAUCUGCAGGGCAAUUAUAUUGACGAAGAAGUGGAACAGCUGAUCCAGGUGGCUCUCCUGUGCACGCAAAGUUCCGCAAUGGAACGACCUAAGAUGUCAGAUGUAGUGAGAAUGCUUGAAGGUGAUGGUUUGGCUGAGAAAUGGGAGGAAUGGCAGAAAGAGGAGGUGUUUCGUCAAGAGUUUACCUAUCCCCACCACACAAAUGCAAAUUGGAUUAUGGAUUCCACAUCGAAUGUCCCUCCGGAUGAACUGUCUGGUCCUAGAUGAUCCUUUUCUGUCACCUGGUGAAUGCCCUCCGAGGCCUUGUUUUGUAUUUGAAUCUGGUUCUUACACGUCUGUGCAUAUUAGUCCUUUUCUUUUUCCCUAUUUUUUUUUUCAUUCCUUUCUCCACUUAUCUCUGGUCGGGGAUGGGUUGAUGUGUAGUUUAUAUUACACAAUUGGAGUCACCUGAUAUAGCUGUAAUUCUUAUAGGGUUGGCCACUGGCAUUGGCAAAACCUCUGGUGCUUGUUAACAUGGCAGGAAAGGCCAUUGGAGCACCCGUUUCAUUUUUAUUUAUAUAUCACCAGAAUUAUUGAAUGUUUUUUA